CAUCAAAACCUCCAGCGGACGACACCUGCUUAGUCUUCCUCUCACUACUGCUCGCUUAGCGUCGUCUGUUCUCAGCUGGCUCCUCUACACUUGUGCGGCUCCCUCAGCGUCUUCUGUUCUCACCUUGCCCCCCUGUGCUCGUGCUGGACAAAAUGGCGCGAUUUAAGGGUUGUGCGUUCUUCGUUGUGUUUUUGCUUUUGGUAGCUGGGUGCCAAACAGGUGUCCCCACCACCACUCCAGGUGUCUCCACCACCACUCCAGGUGUCUCCACCACCACUCCAGAAGUCCCCAUCACCACUACAGGUGUCCCCACCACCAAUACAGGUGUCCCCACCACCACUCCAGACGUCACCACUGCCCCGCCUUCCACCUCUGGUGUCCCCACCACCACUCCAGGUGUCCCCACCACCACUCCAGGUGUCUCCACCACCACUCCAGGUGUCUCCACCACCACUCCAGAAGUCCCCAUCACCACUACAGGUGUCCCCACCACCACUACAGGUGUCCCCACCACGACUCCAGAAGUCUCCACCACCACUCCAGGUGUUCCCACCACCACUCCAGAAGUCCCCACCACCACUACAGGUGUCCCCACCACCACUCCAGAAGUCCCCACCACCACUCCAGAAGUCCCCACCACCACUACAGGUGUCCCCACCACCACUCCAGACGUCACCACUGCCCCGCCUUCCACCUCUGAUCCAUGUAACCAGAAUUCCUGCGGUGGUGGGAGUACUUGCCAGAGACGAUUUAAUGAAACCUACACCUGCCUGUGCUUGGUGGGAAUGAAUUACGAUGAGACUGAAAGGCAGUGUGCAGAUGCCAAGGUGUUCCCUGGCAAACUUGAACUGCGGCUGACAUGGGAUAAACAGCUGAAAAUUAAAACAUCAGAAUGCUUCGAAAAACAAUCCGAAAUCAUUAUUGCUACGCUCAGCAAAACCUUCAAAGAUCUGGAUCUAAUGUACCUUAAGAGUACAGUAUUGGAGUUCAAUCCUAGUGAAUCUGUCGAGAUGAACCUGAGGAAAAACAAAAAUACAAUAGCAACUGUGGAAAACCUCUUUCGACUCAGUUCUAACGCUAACAACAGUUGGGUUACAGACACAGUGUUGAAAGCUAUUAUAAAUGACAAACUGAUCGCAUCAUUCAAUGCUACAAAUUUGUGUGAUCGAAAUGCCUGUGAUAAAGCGACUGCAAAUUGUAAAACAGGCGACGAAGGAUCAUUCAACUGUUCUUGUGUUCCUGGUUAUCUCGCUUCUAAGUUCAGCACCAGAGCAUGUUUUGCUUGUCCCAGUGGAGAGAGGCCCUACAAUGAUACUCAUUGUUAUCCUUGUGCCUUCGGAAAAUCUGGAUUUAACUGUGAAGAAUCCUGGCAACUGGCACUGGUGAUCGUUGGGUCUGUCUUGGGAGGUCUGCUCUUCCUCAUGGCCAUUGUUGUAGGUGUGUUGUCAUGCAGGCCUUCAAGGAAGAGCAGCAAGAAGACGUCGGGCACGGAGGAGGACACGGCUACAUACUACAGCCACUCUCUUGCCAAGGCGCCGCUCAUAAACCCCAAUGGACCUAUGCCGGUCGCCGCAAACGGGUUCCCCAAGAUACCAAGGGCCACAUCCACCAGGGACCCACUUGGAGGGGGCCGCAUGGAGAUGACCCCCAAUAACAGCCAGCUCAUCGCUGGUCCGAGGGCCGGCCAUGCAGCGCCCCACGUUCAGAACCGAGACCCCUAUGAGCAGAACCGAGCGACGACCAACCCCUACGUUCAGAACCGGGAACCCUAUGAGCAGAACCAAGCGACAACCAACCCCUACGUUCAGAACCGGGACCCCUAUGAGCAGAACCGAGCGACGACCAACCCCUACGUUCAGAACCGGGACCCCUAUGAGCAGAACCGAGCCAUGAACAACCCCUACGUUCAGAACCAGGCUUACAACAAUAAGAAGCGAGGAUACACAAAUUCAAACUACAUGCACGACGAUGAGAGAAGCUAUUAAUGAGGCAUCUAUGAGCCGGCCCCUGCCCUCCAGCUGAUACGAGGAACAGCACACCUUCUGACGGCACACGUUCAGCUGCUUGCUUAUUUAUUAAUUCAUGGUUCUAAAAUUGAGAAUGAACUUGCUUGAAAUUCAGUGCCAAAAUGUGUUUGGUAUUCAGUGUAUCUAAAUAUAAAUUGUUUUACCUUACCUUCAAUGUAGAUGGGCCAAACUUUUUUCACAGAUCUAAUGAAAACAAAUAAAUAUAUUUU